GCCGGUGGGUGGAGGUCGGGCUUUGCUGUGCCUGCUGCCCCGUCCACCCCGGGGUCCACCUUCUGACCAGAGCUGGCUUUCCCGGGAGGUCAGGCCGAGUAUCGGGCCUGCGUCCCCCGCGGGCGGCCCAGCGCCAGGGCUGGGUCCCGGGCUGCGCUAGCCCGCUUCCCGCUUGCUGGGGGCAGUGGCGGCCGCUGGACACCGGUGCGGGCGCCACAGCACCGCAGACCGUGCCUCUCCCGCUCUUCCAGACGCCGGGGUGGCGGGCCGACCCCUGGGCGGUCGGUGCAGACGACCGCCAUUCCCGUGUCGCUCCGCCCGCGGGGGCCGCCCGAGCCGGCCACCAUGCCGCUGGGCCUGAAGCCCACCUGCAGCGUGUGCAAGACCACGUCGUCCUCCAUGUGGAAGAAGAGUCCGCAGGGCGACAUCCUCUGUCACCACUGCACCGGCCGCGGCGGCGGGGGCGGCGGCGCGGGGGCGGCGGGCGGGACCGGGGUCGCCGGCGGCUUCGGCACGGCCACCCUGGCCAGCACUUCGGCCGGCCCUCCGCAGAGCAACGGGGGCGGGGGCGGCAAGCAGAGUAAGCAAGAAAUUCACAGAAGAUCUGCUCGGCUCAGAAACACCAAAUACAAAUCUGCUCCAGCUGCUGAAAAGAAAGUUUCUACUAAAGGAAAAGGGAGAAGGCAUAUUUUUAAAUUAAAAAACCCUAUCAAAGCUCCUGAGUCUGUCUCAACCAUAAUUACUGCAGAAUCAAUCUUCUACAAGGGAGUAUACUACCAGAUUGGUGAUGUUGUUUCUGUGAUUGACGAGCAGGAUGGAAAGGCGUACUAUGCUCAGAUCAGGGGUUUUGUUCAGGACCAGUACUGCGAGAAGAGCGCUGCACUGACGUGGCUCAUUCCCACGCUCGCCAGCCCCAGGGACCAGUUCGAUCCUGCAUCCUAUAUAAUAGGGCCAGAGGAAGAUCUUCCAAGGAAGAUGGAAUACCUGGAAUUUGUCUGCCACGCACCUUCUGAGUAUUUCAAGUCAAGGUCAUCUCCAUUUCCUACGGUUCCCACCAGACCAGAGAAGGGCUACAUAUGGACUCAUGUUGGACCUACUCCUGCAAUAGCUAUUAAGGAAACAGUUGCCAACCACUUAUAGCUACAAAAUCAAACCUGGGGCAUGUUUAGUUAGCAUGUAUGAGGCUUUGGGUUUAAUCCUCAGAACAUACAUACACACCCAGAAAUAAAAGCAGAUUUCCAUUUUUCUUAUGAGAUAUUCCACACAUUUUUCUCUUUAAACUUUUCUUCUUUACAUUUUUGAGACAGGCGUAGUCAAGGCUGGCCUGACCUUGAGAUCUCCCUGCCUCAUGCUUCUUGAGUGCUGGGAUUACAGAUGUGUUGCGCCAUGGCUGGUUAAUGCCAGAUAAUUUCAUGAAGCUCCUGCAUAGAAACAUGGCUUGAGGAAUUUUUAAUCCUACAACCCCUAAUUACUAGCUUGUUUAAUGCCUGUUGCUUAAAAAAUAAUAGGGUGGAAAAAGAAUAAAUUUGAAGUUUAAUAUUAAAUUCCAUGCUUAUUUUCCCAGACAAAAGUGGCAGAUACUAGGGAAACCAUUAGAAACAUGAAGUGUUUAUUUUUCUUCACAAUUUAUUUCUAGAAACUCAUAAGGCAAAUUGUAUUUUUGUAUAGAUGCAAAACAUUGAGUUUUGUUUUUGUUUAUUCCCUCUCAAGACAGAGUUUCUCUGUGUAGCCCUGGCUGUCCUAGAACUCACUCUGUAGACCAGGGUGGCCUUGAACUCACAGAGAUCUGCACGCCUCUGCCUCCCGAGUACUGGGAUUAAAGGUGUGCACCACUACACCUGGCUUACAUUUUAGAUUUUGAUCAAGCACUAAAUAAAAAUGUGACCAGUAUGUUUCCCAAAGCUACACAAUCAUUGUUCCUUCUCCGGAAGCAGACCUAAGCUGCUUUAGUCAUAAAGAAAGCAAUUGGUAGGUGAUUUUAUUAGCCCUGACUCUUUAAAACUUUCAUCUCAUGCUCUCAGAUAAACUGCCUUUUACUGUUAACAUCUGCGCUCCUGUGAGGUAGUUCUUCAGUCGUGCCUUUGAUCCACGGCAUAGGCAUCCCCUCUUUCCACAUAGGCAGCAGCACCUGUAAUAAUUUUCUGACUAUUGUUAGGAUAGUGACUGGUGACUGACUAUCUUGGAAGUAACUAAUACUAGGUCAUUAGUUUUGAUAGUGAAGACUCAGAGUUAAACCAUUUGCUGAGGUCUCAUGGUGUGCCUCCCCUGCAAACGCCUGUUGUGUAUGUUUCAAGUGUAGUUUGGUCACAUAAUGGGGAAGGAGUGGGCAGGCACCCACUUGCUGUCUCUGUCCUGAUCUAUCCAGACAGAUGUUUUUAACCACAGGAAUUUAUGAGAAUUUGAUUUGAUAUUAAUGAUUUUCAUCAGGACUCUUUACCCUUUUUUAUAGCCCCAAAGUUGGGAAGAAGAAUCUGUCUACUUUAAAAGCUUAUUCCUACAGUAAAUAGCCAGGCAGUGGUGGCACAUGCCUUUAAUCUCAACUCUCAGGAAGCAGAGGCAGGCAGAUCUCUGUGAGUUCGAGGCCAGCCUGGUUGACAGAGCAAGUUCCAGGACAGACUCCAAAGCUACAAAGAAACUCUAUCUUGAAAAUUUCAGAAAAACAACAAAACAAAACACAAAAGCGUUUUUGGUGAAUAUUGUUGGAAAUGACUUUCUAAAUGUUAAUAUUCCAGUUUGGGAUUAAAAUAUAUUUUUAUAAUGGGUUUAUUUUGGAUUUCUUUAUUAAUUUCGGUUGAACUACUUAAAUAGGAAAUAGGAUGCCUCUCCCAAGAUGGUAUUAAAUUGAAACAUCAAUCUUGUUGUACUUGAAAUUCAAAGUAGAAAAGAUUCAUCAUCCAUAAGUAACAGAAUUUAGAAAAAUUAAAGAUUGACUUAUUGAUAAAAAUGAACAUUUAACAUUUAUUUAAAUUAAGGCAUUUAAAAAUCCAAAUUAGGCUGGACAGUGGUGGCACACCCCUUUAAUCCCAGCACUUUGGAGGCAGAGAGGCAGAUCUUUGAGCUCAAGGCCAACCUGGUCUACAGAAUGAGUUCCAAGACAGCCAGGCUACACAAAGAUUCUGUGUCAAAACAAACAAAACUGAGCAGAUACAUGUCUUUAAUCUCAGCACUCAAGUGGCAGAGGCAAGAGGAUUUCUAUCAAUUCAAGGCUAGCUUGGUCUACAUAGCAAGUUCCAGACCUAGCCAGCACUACACAGAGACUCUCUAAGAAAAUAAGCAAAAUCCAAGACCAUUUUUUAUUCUGACCAUUUCUUUAUAAAUUGGUAGAAGUAUCUUUUAUAGUAUAUUGAAUUUUCAUUUUCCUAACAACCAACUCGAGUGAUUGUCAUUGUUUAGUAUUGAUGAUGUCUGAAGCUUGCCCUGGUAGACCUUGCCAGUGUCCCCCACCUACCUCCCUCUUCCCAGUUACCAUCAUACUAUCUGACGCCUACCCUUCUUGUUAUCCUGGUGGCGUGCCCUUGUUCAUACUGCUCAGUUUUACUCUACUGAAGAUUUUCCCAAGGUUCUUGUUAGAUUUUUGUGGUUCAACAGAUCAAACCUGGGGUUUCAUACAGUCUGGGCAGGUGCUCUGCUAUUGAGCUACAUCCCCACCCCAAAGCCCUUAAAUUCUGUCUUCAUGCAGCCUUUUCAGAGCCCCUGGCCUCUAGAAAUCGGUCUAACCUUUUUUUGUGAUUGCAUUUUACUUUGGAUUUCUGUGAUCCCAUUCCUACCCUAAAGGAGUGUUUCUCUGUGUGCAGAGGGUGUGUGUGUGUGUGUGUGUGUCUGUGUGUGUGUGUGUGUUUAUUCAUCUGGGGUUUCCAUGAUACCCAAUUUAGGUCCUCAGUAAUGGGAAUUGUUUAGUGUAGAAUUUAAAUUAGGUCCUGUUAAAGUAACAGUAGACAGUUGAUUGAUGCUAGGCCAUGACAACAGGAUUAACUUUAUAUUCUCCUGUGAAUAAUCAAAUGAAGCAAAGUUUCACAUUGUUAUGUUUCUAGUUAGUAGUAGAUUAUUUUAACUUAUUUAAAAAGAUGAACCUUACACAUGAAUAUUUGAGAAAACUAUCUCAGCCUAUCCUAGUUCUUGGCUAUGAAUUUUUCCAGAAUUUAUGUAAGUUCUCCUUCAGCAGUAUGAAUCGGGAGAGAUGGUAGCUCAGUUGGUAAAGUCCUUUCAUUGUAAACAAGGACCCAAGUUUGAGCCUCAUAACCCAUGUACCAAAGCUAGGCAUGGUGGCACAUGUAUUCUCAUUGCUGGGAAGGUGGAGAGAGGUAGAGCCCUAAGGCUUCCAGCCUAGCAAGAAAGCCUGACUUAAAAACAGAUGAACAGGUCCUAGAAAUGACAUUGAAGUUGUGCUUUGACCUUUACACACAUGCAGACAUACACAUUCAUGCACACAUACAUACAUUGCAUAUGCAUGAAUCAAGCUGAGUGGGAUGCAUGUACCUGUAAUCCUACUUGGGAGGCCAAGGUUCAAGAGUUUAAGGCUCAUCUUGGCUACAAAGCAAGGCACCAUCUCAUUAAGGAAAAGCGGGGGAGAAGUAAGGUGGAUCGGUACAUGCAGUUGUAAGCCUGCAACAUGAGUUCUAACACCAGAAAGAAAAGGUGAAAAUUACCAGUUACACAGAACUGACCAUUGACUUCCACAUAUGCCCUGUGGCAUACAGGCCCUCCAUUUAUACACAUACAUCAUGUGUGCACAAUAAUAAGUUUUAAGAGAAAGGGUUUAAGUCAUUGGUGGUUUGAAUAAAAAUGGCCUCUAUAAACUCAAAUUCAUUAGUCACCUGGGAGUGACAUCUGAGAAGUAUUAGGAGGUGUGGCUUGAUUGAAGAGGGUGUGAACUUGUUAGAGAAAGUGUGAUACUGGGGAUGGGUUUUGAGGUUUCAAAGACCCAGGCCCAGUGUCUUUCUCUGCUUAAGGAUUGGGAUGUAGAUUUCAGCUACUCCAGUGUCAUCCUCCCCGCCAUGAUGGACUAAGCCUCUGAAACUGUAUGCAAGCCCCCAAUUAAAUUUUGCUGUCUUUUAUUUAUAAGAGUUUUCUUGGUCAUGAUGUCUCUUCAAAGGAGAGUGACUAAGACAAUCACAAUUCCAUUUUGGCAAUAAGCAGGUAAAAUGUGCACAAUGGAUAGAAAAUUGUUUAUUUGAUGAUUUGUGUUGCCUGUGCCUACAUGGAUACAUUGCACACUUUCAGAAUUAAGUUUUAUUGUGGACCAGAAAAAAAAGAGAGGCUUUAUCGUAAUUUUCCUGACCAUGCUUGGGUGUUUUGUUUUUUCAAAUGGUCUUAAUAGUUUUUGUUUGUUUGCUUGUUUGGUUGGUUAGCUGUUUUGAGACAAGGCCUUAUGUAGCCCAGGCUGGCCCCAAGCUUGCUAUGUAAUUGUGUAUGACUUUGCAUUACUGACUCUCCAGUUUCCCCCAAUAGGUUAAGAGAAGAAAUCACAUUUAAAGAGAGAAAACUCUCUUGUUAGCAAGUUUAUAAAACAAGUUCUAGAAUCAUAUAAUAUUUGGUUCAUUAAGUAAUCUACUAAUGAUGCUAUGCUUUCUAUGCUUUAAGUAUUUAAAUACAUAUGACAUCAAAUUGUGGUUAAAUAUUUUGAAAAUCAGUGGUUUAGUUGUAUACAUUUUAACACUAAUGAAAUUGGUUAGAGCAAAUUAUCUAGUAUUUCUUCAUUUCAACAUAGUACCUGAAAUUCUGGAUAGUAUUUCCAUGUCAAUGUGUAGUUAAUGGUAUUUGUUAUGAUGCCAUAUUCCUUUGUUUUUUGUUAUUGACUUGUUAGACCCAUAGACUAAGCCAUAGACUAAUUUUACACGAGAUGAAAAAUAAUCCAAGUCAUAGUGCCUAAGAUAUUAGUGGCAUAAUGAUACUGUCCAAUGCCUUAACGUUCUAGUUCCCUUUUUCUUAAAA